GAUCCAUGCCGCGUUGUGGAGAAUGAGAACCGUCACCCUGUGGCCCCGCGCGGCACUAGACUAAGCUGAACUAAGAUUAGCAGCCUUUGCUUCGUACCUUCCCGCAUCAUUUGGAGAUUGGAGGGGUCGAUCGCGAGGCACGAUUCUGCCCAAAGUAAUUCGGAGUGACUGUGUACUACGGGACACCAUCGUUCCCUUUUCGUCUGAGAAUCAACAAACCCAUCUUCAGGGGCGUCAGGAACUCUUCCCCUCCGUCCCUCACCUAUAAAGGAAACACCAUGGCCUCCGAAUCAAGGCUGUACACCUUCUCGCAGGAGACGAAGGACCACCUGCGAAAGUUCCGCCUGGGAACUUCUAGGUCCAACGACCCGCAAGCCGUUAUCUAUACCAUCGAUAAGAAGACACUCGAGAUCAAGCAAGAUGAAGACAAAGUCGUUUACAAGACGCUGGAGGAGAUCGGAGACGAUCUACCAGAUCACUCGCCCAGAUUCGUGCUGCUGAGCUACCCUUUGACAUUGGCUUCCGGACGUCUAUCUGUACCCUAUGUCAUGCUGUACUACCUUCCUGUGACGGCGAAUGCGGAACUGCGCAUGACGUACGCCGGUGCGAAAGAGCUUAUGCGAAAUACUGCCGAAGUGGGAAAGGUCAUUGAGAUCGAGACGGUAGAGGACUUGGAAGAUAUCCCGGAGAAGUUGGGGUCUACCAACUAGCCGUCGGAGGCUCUAUUCCGCCAAAGGAUUUUACGAAUGCGCAGAAGGCUGGAGUGGGAUU